CCAACUCGCAUCGCAAUGAGAUCCUUUCUGGUAAUAUGUGCCCUGGCUUUGGCUACUCCUGCUAUCCUGGCCCGCACCAUGGAUCGGUGCUCCUUGGCUCGGGAGAUGUCCAACCGGGGCGUUCCUCGUGACCAAUUGGCUCGUUGGGCCUGCAUUGCCGAGCACGAGAGUUCCUACCGGACUGAAGUGGUGGGUCCACCCAACUCGGAUGGAUCCAACGACUACGGCAUCUUCCAGAUCAACGACCUCUACUGGUGCCAGCCGCCCAGUGGCAAGUUCUCCCACAACGGCUGUGGUUUGGGAUGCAACGAGUUGCUCUCGGACGACAUCACCAAUUCCGUGAGAUGUGCCCAAAAGGUCCUGGGGCAACAGGGCUGGGCCGCUUGGUCCACCUGGCAUUUCUGCAGUGGAAACCUUCCUCCUAUUGAUGACUGCUUCAAAUAGAGGAGUAAAUUCGUUACAACAAACCAAAUACUUUUAUUCGCAAUACACCUUUUGUAACCUUACACAUUUAUAUAUGGACUCACCUUAAUAAAAAUAUAUUUAUCCUUGCA